UUUCAGAAUGGUUGUGGUAUGUCUAUGAUUUUCUUAUCAAAAUAUUUUCUGCAGUAUUUUAAUUAUUAUAAUUUUACUAUCCAUGAAAUCGUGAUUAGGAGUUAAUUCUCCACUAUCAUGGAGGAUGAAAUAGAUGAAUAUAUAAGGAAAAAGAUCCAAUGGCAGCAGCUUCCUAAUAAUAUAAAAAAGUUGUUAAAUGACUCUCCAAAAGAAUAUGAAGGUUACAUAUUCGAGUUUAGCGUUAAAAAUCAAUUAAGAUUCAGAGGAAGCUUGGUAAGAUCAAUAAGGAAAGAUGAAAGGAAAUAUUAUGAAGCCCUGGUACAAAGCAGUAUCCAGAGGCUCAUGCUGUACCCAUAUCACUUAGCCGAUAUGAUUGUUAAAGGUUUAAGGAUAACUCCGUUUAUAUAUUACAUUGAAGUUGUGGCGUUGCUCAUAGAAUUGGAGAAGAGUUAUGAUACUAUGCCCAACUUCACAGCUGCGGAUUGUCUGCGUCUUCUAGGCAUAGGUCGUAACGAGUAUCUUGAAUUGGUGGCAAAGUCUCGUUCUUUGGGCCGUCGUGGUCGGAGUAAGGCCAUCCGUUCCUUGUUACCUAGAGUCCCACUAAAUGUACCUAUGCAGCCGUGGUGGAGAGUUGAAUUAGGGUAUGUGCUUGAGGAUGAUGUUAAGCCAUUAAGUGAAAGUGAGAAAGUUGUUAUUGACAUGUUGAUUGACCGGGGCUCCCAGACAGCCGGUACACUCGACUACAACGUGGUCAAGACACUUUACAGACGGGGUUUAAUUUACCUGGACGUUCCGAUAACGGCUGCGGACAAGGUGUCGGUGCCUCCGCUGAAGGGCUUUGUGAUGAAUCGCAUCGCUGGCGACUACUUCGAGACGUUACUUUAUAAAGUGUUCGUGUCCAUUGACGAACACACCAGCGUGGCGGAGCUGGCUGCGGUGCUGCAGGUGGAGUGCGAGCUAGUGAAGCAGGCCGUGUCUCUGUACUGUCGCCUGGGAUUCGCCAACAACCUCCAGCCGCCGCCAGUUGUUCCUCAGCACGCCUCCUGGAGACACGCCCUCACCACGCAUAAACAUCAGCCAUACCGACAAAUAGCUCCUCUGACCUUUGAACAAAAUGUUGAAGACGUGCUCCAGAUGGAGCCGGUACUUAUUAAAGAUAUGCCGUCUACUUCAAAACAGAAAUCUCAAUCGGAAUCAUCAGAAUCUUCAAACAGCGGAAGUCAAAGGGUCGCCGUUUUAUUUGACUCAACAUUAGCUGCCUAUCUCAUGAUGGGAAAUCUGUCGCCUGAUCUCAAAAGUCAUGCGGUUACUUUGUUCGAAGUAGGAAAGCUUUGUGAUGAAAGUUUGGACAGCUUGCUGAUGGAAUUGGAUAAAGUUGUAGGUGAUCCUGAAAUAGAAGGAGAAGCUCGUAGAUAUUUAGCGGCUGCAGCGUGCCUGCGGAUAGCGCUGCGUACUUUGAGACCAAAGUUACGACCGCUGGAUCUACUGCGCUGUGAAGCGCUUCAUGCUCUAGACGCACCUGCUAGAGCCAGGUUACUGGCCACUAAGUAUAGAUUGGCGAUAUCUACGGCGCCGUUGAGUCGCGAGGCGCGUGCGGGGGCCGCGGCGGGGUCCCUGCCUCACGUGGGUCCUGCGCCGCCCGAGGCCGGCUCCCCUUGGAUGAAACUCUACCUAUAUCACCUGGCCGGCUAUGGACCACCUACACUGCUGCUGCUUAAAGGUACAGUACUGCGGGCUGUUCCAAGAUGUCUGCUAGGUUUCUCACGGUUGGCGGUGUCGUGGUGGGGGGCGGAGUCCGAGUCGACGGCUCUGCCGGCGGCGGGUGCUCUAGCGGCUGCCAACUCGGCGCUCCGCCGCGGGCCCGUGUUGCUACAAGCGGCCGGCGUGCGAGCCCCACCCGUCCUCCUCCACGUGCCAUUCCCGCCAUCUAACGACGAACAAGAUGAGUAUCAGAGUCUUUGGCGUCGUCACGGCGGUCUCCGUCGCGUGAGUCGCCGCCUACGCCUAUGUCGGUCCGCGGGGUACGUGACACUAGCGGACAUCGGGGUGCCCGACCUGGGGUGUGCGCGACCCCCCGCCGCCGUCCAGCUCGUGACACCCAGGAAGAGGAAAGACGUCUGCGGCAUCGCGAAGCCGAUCAGCGAGAUAUCGAUAUCAUCGAACGAAUCCACGAAGGAGACUUCGGAGUUCACAAAGAACAGCAGACUUCAAUCACCCAUAGAGUCCCACUUCGCUAACACUCCGACCGCAGACAGCAAAACUGGUUCCCCCGCUAACGGCUUCACCAGCGCCGAGAGCGGGCAACUUCUCUGCGAAGAACUGGACAAUCUGAACCUUGACACUCAUCUGAGCAAAGAAUCCAUAACCAGCGACGAUUUCGUCCCCAUACAUUCCUCUCGAAGUAUUGACGAUCUAACUCACAAACAUUCCACUGAGGCUUCCAAGAGCAAAGAGUCCGAGAACGAAAUAGUACCCGUUCACAGCACCAACGUCAAAGACAAAGACAAGUUGGACAACCAGUUGAGCGAUCUGUUGAGCCCAGCUGAAGAGUCCAUAUCGAUGUUCACUCAGUUGUCCGACAAGUUGACCGAAAUAACAAACGAGGCAGACAGCGGCGUGGACACGGCGCACAACAACUCCGACGAUGAUACUUGUAAACCAGAGAAAUGGACUAUUCUGGAUCUUCAAUUUGGCAUUCCACUGUUCGACGAGGCGCUCUGUGAGAAUGUCUGUCGCAGUAUCAUUGAUAGAAUCGCCAAGCCGGAGUUAUUGGAGAAAGUCAAAGAAGACAACGAGUUUAUUCGUGCGGACCUGUUGAAGUUUGUCUCGCAAUGUCAGUAUUACCCCGGCGAGGAUAUGGGCAUAGUGAAGAGAGGGACGUUGGUUCCGCUGCCAAGAAAGAAUUUGGUAUUUGAAAACGGCCAGAUCAGUGAGUGGAUGGGAAAAUAAAACAUUACCUUAAAGUUACACCUUGUGGUUAUAUAAAUAAAGAUUAAAAUUAAAUAUCGAUGAAUAUUGGAUGUCCCAAACGUGUGAAACUGUUCUUAAUGGGUAGAUAUUACGACCUAUCGUGUAAUUUUUUUAUUUAUUUUCUUCGUAGACACUUAUUUGCCUAUUUGGUCCUGUUUGCCAUGUGAAUUAUGAAGGUUAAUGUUGAGUUAAAAAUAUUUUCGUGCUAAAUAACUGGUUUAAAACAUUAAUAUAUAGCAAAUCAAACUAAAUAUUUAGGGUUUUACUGUAAAAAAAAAAUAACAUGCAUGCAUUGCUAUAUAAAGUAUUAAAAAAAUUCCAUUUAAAUAUUAAGUCAUAAAAGAAAUUUUUUUUUGUGCAUGUACUUGCAAGUAUCUCAGUCUUAUUCAGAAAUCAUUCCAUUCAAACAGUAAUGAGAUUGUAAUUAUUCUUUAAUAUAGUAACACUAAUAGUAUACUGAAUAAAUGUUACCUGUUAAAAAUAGUGUGUGUAGUAAUAUAUUAAAAAAAACUACCAAAGCUUUUUUUUUAAAAUUCUGUUAGUAGAAAUGAUAUCAUUUUGAAUGAGCUUACACAUUUUUAACUAGGAAAUGAUGAACGAGUGUUUGUUAAUUUUAAAUUUGUUUUUGAGUUUUCUAAGCACAUUUUUGUUAAGCACCCGCCAUUUUUUGUCAGAUGCAGAUAGAGGUAGGUAUUUGUUGCUCUUAUUAGAUUACAAGCUCUUGAAGCUUAGCUUCCGUCCAUGAAACAUUAUGCAAGAUAUUUUUUUAUUAAUUUAUAACUCAAAAUUUCUGUUCCCAAUUAAUCAAGACCAUUUCAGGCCCUACCUCGUUCCGUUUAUUUGUUUAUACUGUAGUUGCAAUACAAAACAAAAUAAUAAUUUAUCAUAAGUCUGUGUCGCAUUGUACCUAAAUAUGUAUUAAUUAAUUUAUGUAAAUUAGUAAUAUUCCUAUACUGCUUGUUAAUUCCAAGUAACGGAAAUACUUCAGAAACAUAGAUGCUGUCUUUUAUUUCAUCAAGUAUAUAGUACCAUGUUAGAGCAUAUCUGUCAUGUUCAAACAAAGCCAGUAUAAGUCUACUCUAAGGUUGAUUUUUCACUUCAACACUUAUUCCUCAUAAUAUUGGUUUAAAAAGCAGUAUGGGGUUAUUAAGCGUGAUUAACAUGUGGCCAUUAACUCACAAAUAAUAACAAUGAAUUAAAUGUGUUAUUAAAAAUGUAAAUAUUAUGGAAA